GUCUUGUCCUGCUACCACCGGUAAAUCCUUACCAAAAUCUUCCGAUGAUGGCCAGUGCUUGCUUCCCUUUCUAAAAGUUGACCAUUCAUCGCCGUCAUAAUCAUAGAAAUCGUACCACGGCAAAGAGCGAAAAUUAUAUCGAUAAAUCUAGUUCUUUCAAUCACCUCCCAAACAGCCACUCCCACAACAAUAUCUCCUUAUUUGUGGCAUGUUUCUUGUAUUAUAGUGCUCAAAUCUUCUUCCAUUCUAGGCUGACCAUUUCCUUUCCUUUCACAAUGUCUCUUCCCAUAAGAAGAGCUCGAUUCUCGAGCUUGGGAAGAACUUCCUUCUCCAGACCUUCUUUACCUUUAUAUCCUCGGAGGACUUUCGCAGAUCAUCAAAAGCCUCCUAGACCAGGCACUGGGCGGCCCACUGUUUGGGCACCAAAAACUAGAAUUGCUGUUGGCGUUGUCUUUAUUGGUGCUUUGAUUUACAAUAUGGCAACAGAAGAACCGGCCAAGUUGGAUGCCCCUACCAUUGCAGAACGGGACACUCUCACUAAGCGUGAAUCUGGAGUUACGGAGAAUUCACCCAUGCGAUUGCGAAUGGAAGAAUUCAUUAAACAACAGCAAAAGGAAAUCGUACACGAAUUAGAACAAGUCGAUGGCAAGAAGUUUAGAGUUGAUACAUGGACUAGGGAACAUGGUGGAGGUGGAAUCUCCUCCGUACUGCAAGACGGUAAUGUAUUUGAGAAGGCAGGAGUAAAUAUCAGUGUGGUAUAUGGAACAUUACCUCGAGCGGCAAUUGACAAAAUGCGAGCCAACCACAAAUCUAUCGACCCUGAUGUUCAAUCCCUUGACUUUUUCGCUGCAGGAUUAAGUAUGGUCCUCCAUCCAGUCAACCCAAUGGCGCCGACUGUCCACCUCAACUAUCGAUACUUCGAAACCGAAAACCCAGAUGGUUCACCUGCCGCAUGGUGGUUUGGUGGUGGAACGGAUCUCACACCUAGUUACUUGUUCGACGAAGAUGCUAUUCAUUUCCACAAGACAAUUAAAGAAGCAUGCGACAGUCAUGACAAAGAAUACUAUCCACGAUUCAAGAAAUGGUGCGAUAACUAUUUCUCCAAUAAACAUAGAGGAGAGACACGGGGCGUUGGAGGGAUUUUCUUCGAUGAUUUAGAAGAAGGAAAGGAUCAAGAAAACUUGUUUGCAUUUGCGCAAAGUUGUUUGAAAGCUUUCCUUCCUUCAUAUCUUCCAAUCAUCAAUAAGAGGAAGGAUAUGCCAUACACCGAGAAAGAAAAGGAGUGGCAACAAAUUCGGAGGGGUCGAUAUGUAGAAUUCAACCUGGUACAUGAUAGAGGUACAGCUUUUGGUUUGAAUACACCAAGUGCAAGGGUGGAAAGCAUCUUGAUGAGUUUACCUUUGACGGCUAGCUGGAGGUACAUGUACGAACCGGAGAAGGGAAGUAGAGAACAGAGAUUGGUGGAUGUUUUGAAGGAACCUAGGGAAUGGGUUUAAUUGUUAAGUGUGAGAAUAGAAAUAGUAUGUUGAUCACAUUUUUGCUGUAUAUAUGAUUUAGAAAUUUAUGUAUGAUAUCACUGAAAGAAAUGAAUAAAAGAAGGUCCCA